AUGCUUGAAAGUGACAGAUUCGUACCUGAUAAGUGUAUCGAUUUUCAAAAUGUUUUCCAGAACCUUAGUGCUCGCCAAUCAAUUACCCUGCCACAUCUUGGUCAGAAACCUAAAUACUUCGCUGAAAAUUAUCAAGGAAACUUAUUGCUUGUUACUAGGCAGAUGAUUGACAUAUGGGACAUGAUUUCAGCAGAUAGUGACCGUUCAAUUAAGCGUGUUCUUUCAGGCCCAAUGGGCGUGGAUAAAUCGUAUAUUAUCUAUUUCCUUGCAGCUAAAGCUUAUGUGGAAGGGUGGCUGAUGCUCUACAUCGCAGAUGCAUCUGAACUAUGUAGAAACACAUCAGAGGAAGCAGGAAGAGUGAUUUGCGAAUACUUCCUGACUCUUAAUAAGAAUAUUUUGACUGGCGCCGAGUUUAAACUGCUUAUGGAAAAUGAAAAAGAUGUUGAUUGUUCUUUUAGUAAUAUUGCGAGAAGAAUUCUAGGAGAACUACUCAAACAAGUAUAUCGAAAAACUCUCUUAAUUAUUGAUGAGCAUGGUGCAUUAUUUGAAAAGGAUCCAGUACCUGAAAGACUUCAUAUUUUGGGACCUCUGAUGAAUCUUACUUUUUGGACUGGACAUCACAAAGGUGUAUGUGUAAUCUUCACGGGAACUGCACAUGCUAAAUAUGAGAUGGUAUACAUGAAAAGUGGCAUGAGUCAAUGGUGGAUGCACCCCCUUCUGAGUAAACCAGGCAUUAAAGAAGAAGCAAUAACGGUUACAAAUUGCGUGCCACGUGAACUUAUGCACCUUGUUAAGUAUGUUCAGGAUCUCGAUCCUAAUACUACCGAUGUAUGCGACUUUCAAAAGGUACUAAAACGAUUUGAGAAGGAUCGGGUUGAUCGGAUUUUGGUUAUUUCUCAAAAUUAUUAUAAUAGUCUCUAUAAGAAUGAAAAAAUUCGUUACUAUGAUUCUCUUACAAGCAUGUUUCUUCCCAGUAAAUCAAUCGUGCAUUUUGAGUGGAAAUUCUUGGAUCUUGGAUUGAUUUAUCGGUACAUGGGGCCGCAGGACAUGGAUGUUCAUUACUUCCCUCUAUGCCCAUCUGCCCGGAAAGCUCUAUUAAAAGUAUAUAUGUCAUUUGACUUACCUGAAAAUAUAAAACAUCAACUCAAUAUAGGAAGUCUGAAUGAAGAUCAAUUUGAGGAAGCCUUAUUCAAUCGACUUGUGUGCAAAUCUGGCAAAGCAAUACAAUUCAAUACAACGGAUCUCAAUAAUAAUAAUAAAAGCAUCGUUACACUCCAGUUUGAUGACUAUGCUGUAAUCAAUUCUUCUGACUUAUCCCUUGGACCUGAUUUUGAUAGAGUCUUAAGUCGCAGCUUUGACAGAUAUCCUCGAUUCGAUUACAUGCUCGGACCUAUAUUCAUACAGGUAUCUAUCAGUGACUUCGUAACACAUAACAGCAAACCAACAAAAAGCAUCAGGAAAGCAUUUGAAAGAAUGUCUGCACAAGCUGGUAUCUCUCAAAUGCAAAUUAAUGGAAGAAACCAAAUCGAGAUGUAUUUGGAUGAGAUAUAUGGUCCUGGUCAUUCUGCUACAAUAGAUUUACAAAAUAGGUUUGUUGUUAUCAGAAAUGACACAUGCGUGCCUGGAUUUCGUAUUGUCUAUAUUCGAGGUAGUCCUGGAAUUCCAAAUCACUCGAGAAAAGUUCGUGAAUUCCCUGAUGUAGCACAUGUCACCUUUGAGGAAAUCGCGGAACAGCUUUUCAGAAACAUAGUAUAG